AUGUUGUUUGAGAUGAAGAUACAAAGUAUCAUUGUGAUCAUUUUGACUGGUUUCCUUCUACAGAGAUGUUCUGCAUCAGCCAUACACGAUGUCCGAGGAUCUCAAGGGACACAGAAUGAAGUUCGACACAACAGAGCGACCAAGGAGAAGAAAUUUGAUCCCAAAGAGCUCAAUAAGCCACUGCUAGAUGAGAACUCUAUUGAGGAGAACUAUGCCGAGAGAAUGGUCGUCUACCUAGAUGGAAAGAAAACAAAGCCGAAGAACAUCAAUUCAAAGCCAAAAGAAUCACAAGUAUCAUCCCAGCUAGACCGACAUCCACCUUCGCUUGGCAACGACCCGCAACCACCUGUAGGAACAAGAAGGAAGCGACAUUUUAUUGCCGAGGAAAACGUGAAGUGGCCGAACAAAGUUAUCCCAUACCAGAUCGAGACAUCGACGUUUAACAGUCAAACAAAUAUCACCGCCGUAUUUCAGGAAGCGGUUAGUUUGUUCAAUGAAGCAGGGUGCGUCAAAUGGGUGCCCAGAACGUCAGAAGAGGACUAUAUUUCAGUGAUCGGAAAUCAACUAAAAUGUUCCUCCUUCGUCGGUCAUCUUGGUGUAAGUGGUCAGAAGUUAUGGUUAUACGAAUAUGGAUGUGUUUUUUUGGACGUUGCUCUUCAUGAGAUGUUGCACGCAGCCGGAACUAUGCAUGAACAAAGCAGAGAAGAUGAUAGAGACAGGACAAUCACCUUGAACUGGGACUCGAUCCCCAGACAAUUAGAAAUGAACUACCGGGGCUACAAAACAGCCAAUGUCCGGGAGUAUGAUCUCGGCUCAGUGCUUCAGUACCCGUUAAAGUAUGGGACCAUUAGAUUAAUGUAUGCCAGUGACCCUGAUCUAGCAUAUCUGACUGAGAAUAUGAAGACGGACUUGUCAUUCUAUGAUAAGGCGGAACUGAAUGCCUUCUACCAAUGUACUGAUGACUGUGCGGAUCCUCCAGUUUGUCAGAACGAGGGAUUUGUGAAGCAAGUUAAUGGCGAAUGUAGCUGUCAAUGUGUAGAGGGAUUGACGGGGCCAGACUGUACCCAGUUAGACACUAGCCCUAAAUGUGGGAACAUAAUCAAUCUCGAAGAAGGGAAGCCUGAAAAGAUAACUAUGUUCAAUUAUGAUGGCGGGUUGAAAUGUACCUGGCUUAUUAAGGGAACACCCAGAACCAAAAUCCAAGUGAAAAUAGACAGUCUAGAUCUGCCGACCAGUGACAUGGGAAACUGUUACCAUUACUUAGAAAUCAGGGAUUACCUCACGGGAGCUCCAGGAAAGCUAAUCUGUGGAAAUUCUGACGGUGGAGAAUUUACAAAGAAGAAUCUGGGUCCUACAAACAUAAUGAUAGUCCGGUUUGACAGUGAUCAAUACGAGACUGUUACUCCAGGAAAGGGAUUCUCACUGACGGUGACCGCGGCUCCCUCGGCUUGCAGUAGCUCCCCGUGUAAAUAUCCUGCUACGUGUGUAGAUGGCGCCACUACUGAUGAAUACACUUGUACCUGUACUGAGGGGUAUUCUGGUACUAACUGUGACACCGUACCUGCCUUUGGUUAUGUAACAGACAGUUUUGAGGACGAUUUUUUGACAUUGAUGAAACACACUACAGUUAACACAGACUUCAAGUGGUCUACAGGGAUGUAUCAUAACCUCAACGGGAAUUUAAUUCGACCGACAGACGGGCAUUUGAUGGCAAUAAUGGCGAAUCAUUUCUUCAGAACUCCAUUUUACUAUACAUAUAAAGCUAGAAUGGAAACAACUGUAAAAUUCGAAAGGGCUGAUCGAUGUCUCCGCUUGGAUUACGCAAUCUCUGACAGAAACAUUGGUGGUGCUUACACCACAAGUCUAACAGUGACCGCCGUCAUGGGAUCAACAACAAUAACUGAAACACUUGGUAGUACUGGCAAUGUCUGGAGAAGUUUUGAGAUGUCUCUGGAAGCGGCUGAUGAUUUGAAAAUCUCAAUUCGUUGCGUAUUUGGUUUCCAACAAUUAGUUUUGGAUAAUAUAAGGAUAUCGCCCUUUCUGUGUAAUGUACCCACCCCCUGUGACGGUGUUGAAUGCCCAGACGGCAGAGUCUGUCAAGCUACCUCAACAACUACAUACCAAUGUAGAUGCCCGGCAGGUGUCUGUGGCGAUAGCCCUGGAAAUAAUGACAUGUUUUUUACUUGUGACUUUGAGACCAUUAACGAACCAUAUUGUUUCCUGGAAGAGAGUAACUCCGAUCAGUUCGACUUCAUGAGGAAAACUGGGGAAACACUCACCUCGAACACUGGACCUACAUCCGCUGCACUGGGCAGUUAUUACAAGUACGCUGAGGCGACUGGUCACCAUCCUGGCGACGAAGCUAUCCUACAGAGCAACGUCCCUUUUGCUUUUGGAACAUACUGCCUUAGUCUCUCUAUUCACAUGGAAGGCAAAGAAAGUGGAUCGCUCUCCAUUUUGACACAAGAAGGCACUGAGGAUGCAGUCCUUCAAACUCAAUAUAGCGGAGAACAAACCGUCGGCUGGUUUAGGGCUUCUACAGAAAUAGAUCUUACGCCUUUUACUAAGAUAAUGAUAAAAGCUGUGAGAGGAGGGAAGAAAGAAGAGCACGACAAGGGUGACGUGGCUAUAGACAACGUCGAAUUGAAGUUUGGGCCGUGCUCGAAUUGAAUGUCUGUAUUCGAGUAAUCUGUUUGAAAUAAAUAUGCUCAUUUCAUUUG